AUGUCCAUCUUCGGAGUUCUCGGAUUCGUACUUUUCGGUGCCUCUGUCGUUGCCGGCUCCUUCUCGAGCCCACCUGCAGAGCUUUACUCAGCUCUAGUAGCCGAGAAGAUACGGACCACUGCUCUCGUGCCCCCGAAUCCGAUGCAAUAUCCUCAAUACACGGACCGUACGGUUGGAGAAUGGCUUUACUUCAGCCCUGACACUUGGACCACAGGGUUCUUCCCUGCUACUCUCUACGCUAUGUAUGAGCGCGCGAAGUACUGUCACUGGGAAGCGGACAACGUUUCGGAAUGGUUGACCUUGGGUCGUCAAUGGGGUUCAGCAGAAAUUCCUCUCGAGACCAAUAACACGUUGCAGCACGAUGUCGGUUUUGUCAGCUAUCCGUUCAUUGCCGAGUUGGAGGUAGACCCAGGUAACCAGACGGCCAUUACUGCUGUCAAUCAGUUUGCAGCCGAUCUGGCUGCACGGUUUAAUCCGACUGUUGGGUGUACGAGAAGCUGGGACACGCCGAACCCCGUUGACUUCGAAGUUAUUAUGGACAACAUGAUGAAUCUCGAACUCUUCUUUGUGUCUGAGGCUCUGACAGGCAACCGGACUUUCGUUGACAUGGCCAUUUCGCAUGCGAAUAAAACAAUGCAACACCAUGUCCGUCCAGACGGUUCUUCCUUCCACGUUGUCGAGUACAACGCUACAAGUGGCGACGUCAUUGCUCGCUUUACAGCUCAAGGAUAUUCGAAUUCGAGCACGUGGAGCCGAGGUCAAGCCUGGGGGAUAUAUGGCUUUGCGAACAGUACCGCGAUUGAUGCCCCUACAGUGUACAUGCAUACCCACAUUUUCGAUUACUUGGAGACAUCGCGGCACAUGGCGUCUUAUUUCCUCGCACAUCUACCUGACGAUGGCGUGGUACCAUGGGAUUUCAAUGCCCCUCUGACGCCACCCAGACCCGCAGAUUCCUCAGCAGCUAUGGUCGCCGCCAAUGGUCUGAUACUGCUCGCUCAACAAGAGGCGUCGCUGAUUCCGUCGAACACAACGGGAUACAGUUACUACAUCGAGGCUGCGGUAGAGCUUUUGCGAGCUAACAUCGAACUUGCGUGGCGUCCGUCGUGGCAGAGUUUGCUCGCGAAUGGCACGGUGAACAAUCCCGAGCACAACAACCUCACUGGCAUUGUGUAUGGCGACUAUUACUUUGUGAAGGCUGGAAAUGAGCUUCUGAAUAUGAACAUCACGGCGUGCUAG